AUGACAGCCCACCAAAAUGGCACCAUCGCCACUGAGGUUUCACACUUCCUCCUGAAUUGUUUUGUCAGGUCCCCCAGCUGGCAGCUCUGGCUGUCCCUGCCCCUCAGCCUCCUCUUGCUCCUGGCCCUGGGGGCCAACACCACCCUCCUGGUCACCAUCCGGCUGGAGGCCUCUCUGCACCAGCCCAUGUACUACCUGCUCAGCCUCCUCUCCCUGCUGGACAUGGUGCUCUGUCUCACCGUCAUCCCCAAGGUCCUGGCCAUCUUCUGGUUUGACCUCAGGGCCAUCAGCUUCUCUGCCUGCUUCCUCCAGAUGUUCAUCAUGAAUUGUUUCUUUGCCAUGGAGUCCUGCACCUUCAUGGUCAUGGCCUACGACCGCUAUGUGGCCAUCUGCCACCCUCUGAGGUACCCAUCCAUCAUCACUGACCAGUUUGUCGCCAAGGCAGCCAUCUUUAUUUUGGCCAGAAAUUUCAUUUUGACACUGCCCAUCCCCAUCCUGUCCUCACGACUCCAUUACUGUGGCAGAAAUGUCAUUGAGAACUGCCUCUGUGCCAACAUGUCUGUCUCCAGGCUCUCCUAUGAUGAUAUUACUAUCAAUCGCCUCUACCAGUUUGCUUUAAGCUGGACUAUGCUGGGCUCUGACCUCAUCCUCAUCUUCGCCUCCUACACCCUCAUCCUGCGGGCCGUGCUCAGACUCAAGGCAGAAGGUGCCGUGGCCAAGGCCCUGGGCACCUGUGGCUCCCACUUCAUCCUCAUCCUCUUCUUCAGCACCAUCCUCCUGGUCUUCGUCCUCACUCAUGUGGCGAAGAAGAAGGUGCCCCCGGAUGUGCCCGUCCUGCUCAAUGUCCUCCACCAUGUCGUCCCGGCCGCCCUCAACCCCAUCGUUUAUGGGGUGCGGACCCAGGAGAUCAAGCAAGGAAUCCAGAGGUUGCUGAAGAAAGGGUGGUGA